UUUCCCUUUACAAAUUAUUUUUAUCAACAAAAGUAAUUAAUAAGCAUUUUGAUGAAUAAAUAGUAUUGAAUAUUUUUAUUUCUUCUCGGUUGAAGACAAUAUAACUAAAAAUGUCUUCACUAAGAUAUAGGGGUAAAAAAAAUAUUUUAGAAUUAACUAAGAAUUUGGAUGCAUUUGGAAAAAUUCCGGAUGAGUAUAAAGAACCGUCUGAAAUUGGCGGAACAAUUUCUCUUUUAAGUCGAAUUCUCAUUAUAUACUUAAUUUAUAGUGAAAUAGCGUAUUAUAGUAGACCUAAAUUAUUAUUCACAUUCAAACCUGAUAUAAAUUUAGACAUAAAAGUUCGUAUGAAUGUUGAUAUAACUAUAGCGAUGCCUUGUGUUGGACUAUCUGGUAUAGAUUUAAUAGAUGAUACAAAACAAGAUGUUUUUUCUUAUGGGAUCUUAAAAAGAGAGAGUACUUGGUGGGACUUAGAUGCAAAUCAAAGAUUAUACUUUGAAGAAAUGCAACAUGUCAACAAAUUUUUGCGAGAAGAGUAUCAUUCUUUAGCAGAUUUAUUAUUUAAAGACAUAGUAAUGAAAGAACAAGAACAUAGCACAAGUCUUCAUAACGAACUGCCAAGUCGAACAAGUAAACCAAAUAUACCUUACGAUGCUUGCAGAUUGCAUGGAACAUUUUUAAUAAAUAAAGUUGCAGGAAUUCUGCAUUUCAUUAGUGGUGAAACUUUAUCUUUUGGAUUUUCCAAUAACCACUGGCACUUAAAUGAAUUUCAUCGAGUACGAACAAAUUUUUCACAUAGGAUUAAUAAAUUAAGUUUUGGGGAUUUAGCAUCUCGUGUAGUACACGUCCAGCCAUUAGAAGGCGACGAAAAAAUUGUUCCUGACAAGGCUGUAAUGCAGUACUUUAUAGAAAUAGUUCCAACAGAAAUCCAUAACGUAUUUUCUACAAUUGCAGCGUAUCAAUAUUCGGUUAAGGAAAACGUAAGAAUAGUUGAUUCACAUAAAAAUUCAUAUGGAUUGCCUGGAGUUUAUUUCAAAUAUGAUUGGGCUGCACUUAAAGUAAUUGUAAAACCAGAUAGAGAGAAUUUAAUAAAAUUUUCAAUCCGUCUUUGUUCUAUAAUCGCUGGAAUUAUAAAAGCCUCAGGUAUUUUAAAUAGUUUCAUACGUUUUUCACAAAAACAUAUAUUAAGAUUUUUUGCACCACAUAUUUUCAAUAAGGAUGGUACAUUAACUAAAAUGAAAUUACCAAUUGUAAAUGCAAAAAGUAAAUCAGAACCAUUAAUAACUACAAAUUUUAUAAAUAAUUCCAAUAAUUAUAAUAAUGUUACAAAUAGUUUAUUAAGUAAAGCAAAUCUCAUACCAAAUGAAACAUUACCAAUCUUUUUAAAUAAGUGAUUUUUAAAACAAAAAAAAAUUGAAUUUUAUUAAAAUUAUUAAUUUUUUUUUUUUAUUAUUGUGUGCUAUUGUUAAAUAAAAUAAUAUUGUAUUAAAAAUAUAAAAGACGUGCCG